AUGAAUACGGACCAGUUUCGGGUGGCGGCCAAAGCGGCAGUCGAUGAGAUCGCCAACUACUAUGACAACAUCUCUGAUCAUCGAGUUGUUGCGGAUGUUGAGCCCGGCUAUCUGAGGCCGCUCCUCCCUGCCUCAGCGCCCCUGGAUCCUGAGCCAUGGGAGUCCAUUCAAGCCGAUAUCCAGUCCAAGAUUCUGCCAGGAAUCACUCACUGGCAGUCUCCCGGAUUCAUGGCCUUCUUCCCUUGCUCAAGCAGUUAUCCUGCUGCAAUUGCCGAAAUGUAUUCCAACGCCUUCAACGGUGCUCACUUCAACUGGAUCUGCUCCCCCGCCGUCACUGAGUUGGAGACAAUUGUGAUGGAUUGGUUGGCUCAGGCUUUGGGACUGCCUGAAUGUUUCCUAAGCGGCGGGCCGACUCACGGUGGUGGCGUGCUUCACGGAAGUGCUAGCGAGGCCAUUCUCACGGUCAUGGUUGCAGCCAGAGACAAGUACCUGAAUGAAGCGACGGCUCACCUGCCUGAGGGCGAGGAGAAGGAGGAGGAAACUUGGAGGCUUCGCAGCAAGCUUGUUGCCCUGGGAAGCGCGGGUGCACACUCUAGCACCAAGAAGGCCGCACAGGUUCUGGGAGUGCGAUUUGACACUGUGCCGGUGUCGGAAGAGAAUGGCUUUUCCAUGACGGGUGAAGCUCUGGCAAAGAAGCUCGAUCAGCUCAAGGCAAAGGGCCUGGAGCCAUUCUACUUGACAGCCACUCUAGGAACGACGGAUGUCUGUGCCGUCGACGACUUCGCCAGCAUCGCCAAGGCUCUGGCCCCAAGAGCUGGAAAGCCGGGCGAGGUCUGGGUCCACGUCGAUGCUGCCUAUGCGGGUGCGGCGCUGCUCCUCGACGAGAACAAGCCCCUUGCGAAGCCCAUGGCUGAAUUCCACUCCUUCAACUACAACCCCCACAAGUGGAUGCUCACGACAUUUGACUGCUCUGCGGUGUGGGUUCGUGCCCGCGGACAUCUCAUCAACGCUCUCAGCAUCAAGCCCCCCUAUCUGCGGAACCAGUACAGCGACAACGAGCUCGUCACCGAUUACCGCGACUGGCAGAUCCCCCUGGGCCGACGAUUCCGCUCCCUGAAGCUGUGGUUCGUCCUCCGCAGCUACGGCAUCCGCGGCCUGCAAGCACACAUCCGCAAUGGCGUCACCCUGGGCGAGUCUCUGGAAGCCAAGCUCGCGACGAGGCCGGACCUGCUGACCAUCUUCACCAAGGCGCGCUUCGGGCUGGUGUCGUUCCGGGCCAAGGGCGAUAGCGAAGAGCAGAUCAACAGCCGGACGGAGAAGCUGUACGAGGCGAUCAACGCGAGUGGCUUGUUUUACUUGACGAGCACGGUGGUGAAUGGACACUUUGCGAUUAGGGUGUGCACGGGAGUGGCGGCUGUUAGGGAGGAGCAUGUGCAGAAGCUGUUUGACUUGUUGGUUGAAACGGUUGAGGGGCAGUUGAAGUUGGAGUAA